UAAGACUGCAGUAAAGUAGCGCUGUUCAGUCAGUGAGUGUUGAGCUCAGGCUGAAUCAUGUCUGCAGUCAGGACUGUGCUGAUGCUCUGGAUCUGUGUAGGUUCAUGGGUCAGUACUCAUGGAGCUCUGGUUAUCUCCAGGGACACAGAGGUGCCGAUGACGACUGGCACUACCAAACAUAUUGAGAAACGGAGUAUAAAUGAUCCAGAGGUUGAGAUUCAGAGUGUGAAGUUGGACUGCAAGGUGGCGUCUCGAUUUGCUCAUACAGUCAUGACCACCAAAGCUCUGAAUAAAGGCAGCUCCUCUAAGGAAAUAUUCUUCGAGGUGGAUCUCCCAAAGACUGCUUUCAUCACCAACUUCAGCAUGGAAAUUGAGGGGAAGACCUAUGUGGGUGCAGUGAAGGAGAAGGAGAAGGCCAAGAAGGAGUAUGAAAAGGCAGUGUCAUCAGGACAGACCGCUGGACUGGUCAAGGCAUCAGGCAGAAAGAUGGAGAAAUUCUCAGUUUCAGUGAACAUUGCAGCCCUUAGUCCGGUUAUAUUCACCCUGACGUAUGAGGAAUUGCUGAAGCGUCGCCUGGGGAACUACGAGAUAAUGACCCGUGUCAAACCAAAACAACUAGUCCAGCAUUUUGAGAUUGUAGCAGAUAUCUACGAGCCUCAAGGAAUUGCCUACCUGGAUGCCUACGGAACAUUUCUCACCAAUGAACUACUGCCCCUGGUGGAGAAAACUGUCACUGACAAAAAGGCUCAUGUGUCCUUCAGUCCAACGCUGGACCAGCAGAGGACAUGCCCUGCCUGUGAUGGCACUCUGAUCGAUGGGGACUUCUUCAUAAAGUAUGAUGUGAACCGUGCUGAAAGCAUUGGGGACAUUCAGAUAGUUAAUGGCUACUUUGUCCAUCAUUUUGCACCUGCGGACUUAGCACGCGUUCCCAAGAAUGUUGUGUUUGUGAUUGACAUCAGCACCUCAAUGGCGGGCCGGAAAAUCAUACAGACACGAGACGCAUUGCAGACAAUCCUGAGCGAUCUGCAUGAGGAUGACUACUUUGCGCUGGUCCUGUUUGACAGCAUUGUUGAGACCUGGAGGCCAUCUAUGACCAGGGCCACAGAAGAAAAUGUGAUGGCAGCAAAAGAAUUUGUAAAAAGAAUCCAUCAAAGAGGAUGGACCAACGUAAAUGACGCCCUCCUCACAGCAGUGAAGAUGAUUGAGAGUGACACGAAAAAUAAGCUACUGCCAGAAAAGAGUGUGACUAUGAUCAUACUAUUGACAGAUGGGAAUCCCACCAAAGGAGAGACCAAUCGAAUGACAAUCCAACAGAACGUCCGAGAUGCCAUCGAUGGAAGUUUCUCUCUCUUUUCCCUGGGCUUCGGUUACGACUUGGACUACGGCUUUUUGGACACGAUGGCAAAGCAGAACAACGGAGUGGCCCGCAGGAUCUAUGAGGCAUCAGAUGCUCCUGUGCAGCUGCAGGGAUUUUAUGAUGAGGUGGCCAGUCCUCUUCUGUCGGAUGUGCGCUUCAAAUAUCCAGAAAAAGCAGUGAACUCUUUGACAAACAACCACUUUAAGCAGCUCUUCAAUGGCUCUGAGAUUGUGGUGGCAGGCCAACUGACUGAAUAUGACGUGGACAACUUCCUCAUAGAAGUGUCAGGACAAGGGGUGGAUGACUACAUGCUACAGGGCAAAGCAACUGCCCUGGAGUGGGAUGACACAUUCCCAGAGCAGGAGUAUAUCUUUGGGGACUUCACAGAGCGUCUGUGGGCCUACCUCACUAUUGAGCAACUCAUGGAAAAGAAAGAAAAAGGUUCACCAGAAGAAAGGGCCAAUGCUACUGCAGAGGCUCUGGACCUUUCCCUCAAGUACAACUUUGUCACUCCCCUCACAUCCAUGGUGGUCACAAAGCCAGAGGAUAAGGAAAAUCCAUAUGAUGUAAUGAUCGCAGACAAACUCACCGAAGAACAGAGAGGAAGGCCUCAAGAUCAAGAUACUAGGCGGUACCAUUACACUGCUGCUCCAACUUAUUUUGUGGAUGGAGACCCUCAUUUCAUCAUUGAGGUGCCAGAGAUGAAUGAUGUGCUGUGUUUUAAUAUUGAUGAGAGGGUUGGAACCAUUUUCAACCUAGUAAGCGAUCCUGUGCUGGGCAUUGUGGUGAAUGGGCAAACCAUUGGGGAUAAGAAAGUUGACCCUGGGAGCAAAGUGAACACAUACUUUGGCCGUUUUGGGAUUGUUCACCAGGCGUUGGGCAUAAAACUGGUGGUGAGCACAGAUGGGAUCACGGCGUUCUUGAACAAGAAAACAAUGAAGUUCCUCUGGUCUGAACCAGCUGUAGCUAAAAAUGAAAUCAUGGACCUGCAGGUCGUAAAAGAUCGUAGUCUGACGGUGACUCUGAAAGACUCUGUGAAGUUUGUCAUCAUUCUGCACAAGGUGUGGCAUAAGCACCCGUACCACCAGGACUACUUGGGCUUCUACACCAUAGACAGCCACCUGCUCUCCCCCAGGGUCCACGGACUGCUGGGCCAGUUUUAUCACGGUAUACAGUUUGAAGUGAGCAACCUCCGCCCAGGAGAAGACCCUGAAAAACCCGAUGCCACAAUGGAUAUUAAAGGACACAGGCUGACUGUGACUAGGGGCUGGCAGAGAGACUUCCGUAGAGAUGUGAAGAACGGAGAGAAAGAGUCCUGCUGGUUUGUACACAACAAUGGAACUGGACUCAUCGACGGGAGCCAUGAAGACUAUGUGGUGUCCAGCCUCUUCUAGUUGCUGACGUUACAUAGAUUGUGAUGGAGGAAUACCUGUUUUGUUUGCAUGUUCAUACAAUUCUGUUUUCCAAAAAAAGUUGGGACGCAGUGUAAUGUAAAUAAAAGCAGAAUGUGAUUAUCUGUAAA